AUGUACACGGCGUCGUUCGCCUUUUUCGAGGCAAUAUGGGAAGCUGGAGUCACACAUUGCUUCGUGAAUCUGGGCUCAGAUCACCCCAGUAUCAUCGAAGCUAUGGUAAAGGGACAGAGGGAAAGUAAGGGGAAUUUCCCACGUAUCAUCACCUGCCCAAAUGAGAUGGUAGCCAUGUCUAUGGCGGAUGGCUACGCACGUCUCACAGGUAAGCCCCAGUGCGUCAUCGUGCACGUCGAUGUUGGCACCCAGGGCUUGGGAGCCGCCGUCCACAACGCGAGCACCGGACGUGCUCCCGUUUUGGUCUUUGCAGGAUUGAGCCCCUUCACGCUCGAGGGGGAGAUGCGCGGCUCGCGGACCGAGUAUAUCCACUGGAUCCAGAAUGUCCCGGACCAGACACAGAUCGUCGGCCAGUACUGCCGGUAUGCCGGCGAGAUCAAAACGGGCAAGAACAUUAAGCAGAUGGUCAACCGCGCCCUGCAGUUCGCAACGAGUGAUCCCCAGGGUCCCGUGUAUCUGGUGGGCGCGAGAGAGGUGAUGGAGGAGGAGAUCAACCCGUACUCCCUCGAACAAGGCGUUUGGGAUUCCGUCGAACUAGGGGGACUAACACCGAAGGCCUCAAAGGAGAUUGCCGAUGCGCUGCUCAAAGCUGAACACCCGUUGCUCAUCACAGGCUACUCCGGUCGAAACCAGAAAAUACCCGGCGCUCUCGUAGAACUGGCAAACACCGUAAAGGGACUGCGCGUUUUGGACACCGGCGGAAGUGACAUGUGCUUCCCCGCGUCCCAUCCUGGCUGGCUCGGCCUUCGAUUCGGCGUCGAGUCUGUGAUAGAGAAGUCGGACGUGAUUGUGGUACUGGACUGCGACGUCCCCUGGAUUCCGACCCACAACAAGCCGAAGGAGGGCACCAAGAUAUUCCAUAUCGAUGUCGAUCCGCUGAAGCAGCUCAUGCCGCUGUUCUACCUACCAGCGCAGCACCGAUACCGUGCCGAUGCGCUUGUUUCCGUCGAGCAGAUCACAGCCGACGCCAAGAGCCAAGUUUCGAGUCUAGAUAAUGCGGUUGUAGCCAAGAAAUGGGAAGCUCUUCAAGCUGCGCACAAGGAACGUCUGGACACCAUCGCAUCAAAAGCGACGCCAGCCGAAGAUGGGACGUUUGGUACAGGACACCUCUGCAAGACGCUUCGAUCCUUAUGCCCUCAAGAUACGAUUUGGGCCAUCGAGGCAGUCACCAACACGGGCUUCGUGCAUGACAACCUGCAACCGGAGCUGCCGGGCUCUUGGAUCAACUGUGGUGGAGGUGGCCUAGGAUGGUCUGGUGGUGGUGCGCUGGGCAUCAAAUUAGCGUCGGACGUCGAGAGUGGUGGUAAGGGGAAGUUUGUGGUGCAGAUUGUUGGUGACGGCACGUUCUUGUUCUCCGUUCCCGGUAGCGUCUACUGGAUUGCGAGACGAUACAAUAUUCCGGUAUUAACUAUAGUGUUGAACAACAAGGGCUGGAACGCCCCCCGAAAAUCGAUGCUUCUCGUCCACCCCGAAGGACUAGGAUCCACGGCAACCAACGAAGAGAUCAACAUCUCCUUCGACCCCGUACCAGAUUACGCAGGUAUCGCAAAGGCGUCCGCCGGUGGUGACUUGUUCGCUGCCAAAGUAGACAAGGCAGAGGAUCUGGAACGCACCAUCAAGGAGGCCAUCAAGGCUGUUGAGGGAGGACAGAGUGCUGUGCUGGACUGCAAGGUCACGCUGAACUGCUGA